GGUUUGGUUGAGGAAUCCACUAAAAUCCAGAAACCAAAUCCAACCGUCCGGUUGUUCAGUCCCCACCAACGAGAUGAAUCUGAGGAAACCGGCUGCCGGAAGGCCAUCUGGAACCGAUGGCUCUGAUUUUUCCUAUCGUAUGGUCGUCGAUUCUCGGUAUCAAAAGGUUGCCAAAGGGAAAUCUCGUUUCCAUACUCUGAUUUUAGCUCAGGUUAUCAUUCAAUUUUGUGGAGUGGUAUACUUGUUUAUAUUGACAUCAAAAAAAGAGACUCCCGAUAAACUUGCUAUUUCAUCUGCUAUCACUGGUUUCUUUUCAUUGUUGGUUGGAGAACUAGGUCGAAGGCACAGCCGUGCAAGUCUUUUGAAAGUAUAUAUGAUUACUUCAUCCCUUGCACUCCUACUACUUUUUGUUGAUGUCUCUCAGGGUAAUUAUACAUUUGAGGGUAUUGGGGAUCUAAGUAAUUGGCAAACAAAGCAGCUCGAACUUUUCGAGAUGAUCCGCAUUUCUCUUGGGGCUCUGCUUCAAAUAUUUUCAAUCAGCACAGUGAUUUCCCUCAUCUGUAACAUGUCUCCUCCAAAACGUGCCUCUUAAAUUAUUGUGUACCAAUUACCAAACCAUUGUCCUUCCAACGACUCUUCUGGAUUCUGUGUCCAAAAAUCAUGUAAAAGAAAGCUUGAAUUUGUCUUUCCUACAUCAUUUUUGAAGAAAUGUUUCACUUGGGGAGCCUUAUUGAGAAUUUGAUGAAAUUUUGUAUGUUGAAAUCACUUGGGGGCCCUUAUUGAGAAUUUGAUUUUAAAAAAGUACUUGGUGGGAUUGACAAUGAUUGAACUCUUUGUUACAUUUCUUUUAAGUCCUGGGCUAUACUUGAAUUGCUUAAAAUGCGCAUUUAAUUAUGUUGAAUUAGUGUUAUUGUGUCUAAAAAAA